AUGUCGGAGCUCAAGGACCAUUCAACUUCUGCUACUGAGAUGGGGGAGAAGCAGAUCAUAUCUCAACCGCCUGCUUCGGAACGCGAUGAGGAAUCGGUAUCUUGGACGGCUGAGGAGGAGAGGAAGGUCCUGCGGAAGCUCGAUUUCUUCCUAAUGCCAUUGCUUGUCCUCGGCUUCUUCGUCCUCCAGCUUGACCGCAGCAACAUCUCCAACGCCCUGACAGACACAUUGACGGAGGAUCUCGGCAUCACCUCCAACGAUGUGAAUCUGGGCAACCAAUUGAUGCUUGCGGGCAUCAUCAUCUUUGAGCUGCCUUCCAACAUUCUGCUCCAGAAAGUCGGCGCUCCUAUCUGGCUCACUGCGCAGAUGGGCAUCUGGGGCACCAUCGCCCUGACCCAGGCUUGGUGUACGAACAUCCACUCCUUUUACGCCACACGGUUUCUGCUAGGCGCAUUCGAAGGCGGUUACGUCCCAGGUGGCCAGUACAUGCUCUCCCUGUUCUACACCCGGAAGGAGCUCGCGCUCAGGACGGCAAUUUUUUACUUUGGGAAUUACUUUGCCACUGCAACAGGCUCUUUGAUAGCAGCUGGUGUCCUUAGCCUUGCCGGGUCGAACGGCCUUUCGGGAUGGCAGUGGCUUUUCAUCGUCGAAGGAAUUAUCACCCUCGGCGUCUUCCUCAUCUUCAUCCUCUUCCUCCCCCGCAGCCCCACCCACACCCGCCCCAUCCACAACCUCUGGGACCCCUUCACCCCCCACGACCGCACCAUCCUCACCGCCCGCCUGGCUUCUUCCAACACCACCACCGACAAAGCGCCCCUCAGCUGGACGCACAUCCGCGCCGCCCUCCUCGACCCCCUCCUCUGGCUCCACCUCUUCCUCAACAUGGCCAGCCUGGCCCCCAAAGGCGGCCUGCAGCUCUACGGGCCCUCCGUCAUCAAAGCCCUCGGCUUCACCAAGACGAAGGCCAACGCCCUCAACUCCGUCUCCAGCUUCCUCGUCGUCGUCUUCUCCUUCGCCAUCUCCUACGCCUCCGACGCCACCAAGCUGCGCGGGCCGUGGUGCAUCGUCGCCUUCGCCUGGUCCAUCGCCUUCGCCGGCGCGCUGUACGGGUUGCCGCUCAGCGCCGGGAAGUGGACGCGGUAUUGGGUUUUUACGUUUCUGGGAAGCGGGAAUGCGUUGGCGCAGGGGCUGAACGAUGCGUGGUUGAGCGUUAAUGCGGGGACGCCGCAGAAGAGGAGUGUGGGGCUGGCGUUUGUCGUUAUCGGGAGUAAUUUGGGGGGCUUGGCUGGGCAGCAGAUGUUUCGGGAGGAGGAUAAGCCGAGGUAUCGGAGGGCGUUUUUGGCGAUACUAGGGUUGUAUGUCGCGUCGAUUGUUAUUACGUGUGCGGUUAUGGCGAGUUAUUGGUGGGUUAAUAGGAGGAUUGAGGAGGGGGGUGAGGGGCAGGAGGGUGAAGGCGGUGGUGAGGGUGGUGAGGGGAGGAGGGUUCGGUGUCAGCUUUAG